UCUUCUCAACACUUCACCUCUAUAUAUAUAGCCAUCUUCAUAUUUACAUUCUCUCAUCAGUUGAUAGUUAAAUGACUGCUGCUUUUGGACCAAGCUACCCAUCAACUCCUCUCACAAUCUUACUCUAUAGUAUUUUCUCAUCUCCAUCUCAAGCGCGCGCGCACACACACAGAGAACAACUAUAUAGUAGGUAAGAAUUGAAAGAUCAAAGAUGGGAGAGGAAAGUAUGGCGAUUGAAAAGAAGAGAAACGGGUCUAUUCGAUCCAUUUUCGUGCAUGCAGACGGUUUUGAUAUGUUGUUGAUGGCUUUUGGCAUCCUCGGUGCCCUCGGGGAUGGCUUUUCCAUGCCCGUGGUAUUGUUUAUUACUAGCAAGAUCAUGAACAAUAUUGGUGGCACAGUUUCAGAUUUCUUCACUCAAAACAUCAGCAAGAAUGCAGUGGUUUUGUGUUAUGUGGCUUGUGGACAAUGGGUCGCUUGUUUCCUUGAGGGAUAUUGUUGGACAAGAACAGCAGAGAGACAAGCUUCGAGAAUGAGAACAAGAUAUUUGAAGGCAGUGCUAAGGCAAGAUGUGGGUUACUUCGAUUUGCAUGUAACAAGCACCGCAGAGGUCAUCACUAGCGUCUCUAACGAUAGUCUUGUAAUUCAAGAUGCUAUUAGUGAGAAGGUCCCAGUGUUCUUGAUGAAUUUAGCAACAUUCAUAGGGUCCUACGUAGUGGCAUUCGCGAUGCUGUGGAGACUAGCAAUUGUGGGAUUUCCAUUUGUGGUACUUCUUAUAAUACCUGGUUUGAUUUACGGAAGAUCAUUGAUGGGAAUAGCAAGAAAGAUGAGGGAAGAGUACAACAAGGCCGGUACGAUUGCAGAGCAGGCAAUCUCAUCAAUCAGGACCGUUUAUUCUUUUGUGGGAGAGAACAAAACCACAGCUGAGUACUCUUCAGCUCUUCAAUGGACUGUUAAGUUGGGGCUGAGGCAAGGCAUGGCCAAAGGACUUGCCAUUGGUAGCAAUGGCAUAGUGUUUGCAAUAUGGUCUUUCAUGUCCUAUUAUGGUAGUAGAAUGGUCAUGUACCAUGGUUCUCAAGGUGGGACCGUCUUCGCUGUUGGCGCCGCCAUCGCCAUCGGUGGAUUAUCACUCGGAUCGGGAUUAUCUAACGUGAAGUACUUCUCGGACGCAUCAGCAGCAGGAGAUCGAAUAAUGGAAGUAAUAAGAAGAGUACCCAAAAUCGAUUCCGACAACAUGGAAGGCCAAACACUGCAAACCGUUUCAGGAGAAGUUGAAUUCAAACACGUCGAAUUCGCGUACCCAUCGCGGCCCGAGUCGCCGAUUUUCCGAGACUUCAACCUGGAGAUUCCGGCGGGGAAGACGGUGGCGCUGGUGGGGGGGAGUGGGUCAGGAAAGUCGACGGUGAUAGCACUGCUGCAGAGAUUUUAUGAUCCAGUGGGGGGAGAGAUAUUGCUUGAUGGAGUGGGGAUAGAGAAGAUGCAGUUGAAGUGGCUGAGGUCACAGAUGGGGUUGGUGAGUCAAGAGCCGGCGCUGUUUGCGACCACGAUUACGGAGAACAUACUUUUCGGCAAGGAGAAGGCUGACAUGGAUGAAGUUAUUGAGGCUGCGCAAGCUUCUAAUGCUCAUAAUUUCAUUUCUCAGUUGCCUCAGGGAUAUGAUACUCAGGUGGGUGAGAGGGGUGUCCAAAUGUCUGGAGGCCAGAGGCAGAGAAUCGCAAUCGCAAGAGCCAUAAUCAAGGCACCACGCAUUCUUCUCCUGGACGAAGCCACAAGCGCAUUAGACUCCGAAUCCGAACGAAUCGUGCAAGAAGCACUCGACAAGGCCGCGGUUGGCCGCACCACCAUCAUCAUCGCCCACCGCCUCUCCACCAUCCGCAAUGCCGACAUCAUCGCAGUUAUCCAAAACGGUCAGGUAAUGGAAACCGGCUCACACGACCAAUUAAUCCAAGAUGAAAACGGCCUCUACACAUCCCUAAUUCAACUCCAACAAACCGAAAAAUCAGACAGCAACAACAUGACAGCAUCAACAUCUUCCAAUACAAUUGCGAAAUUCGACACGAACAACACGAGUAGUCGGAGACUGUCAAUGGUGAGUCGAUCUAGCUCUGCAAACUCAGCCGCAAUGAGCCAGAGAGCUGAAACUAAUGAUAAAAUCAAAGAAGAGCAAGUUUUUCGAGUACAGUCAUUUCGGAGACUGUUAGCGAUGAAUCUGCCGGAAUGGAAGCAAGCGAUUAUGGGGUGUGUGCGGUUUUGUUUGGUGGCGGUUCAUGCAGUUUAUGCCUUUGCAAUGGCGUCGAUGAUAUCGGUGUAUUUUUUGCCUGAUCACAGUCAGAUUGAGUCGAGGACGAGGGGAUAUGCGUUGUGUUUUCUUGGAUUGGCGGUGUUUUCGCUAGUGAUUAAUAUAACUCAGCAUUAUAAUUUCGCUUACAUGGGAGAGUACUUGACGAAGAGAAUUAGAGAGAGGAUGUUUUCGAAGAUACUCACUUUUGAAGUUGGGUGGUUUGAUCGGGAUGAGAAUUCUAGCGGUGCUAUUUGCUCUAGCCUCGCCAAAGAUGCUAAUGUGGUGAGAUCUUUGGUGGGUGAUAGAAUGGCACUCGUUAUCCAAACCUUCUCAGCAGUAACAAUAGCUUGCACCAUGGGCCUGAUCAUCGCAUGGAGGCUCGCGGUUGUCAUGAUCGCUGUCCAACCCCUCAUCAUCGUCUGCUACUAUUGCAAACGUGUCUUGCUCAAAAGCAUGUCCAAAAAGGCUAUCAAGGCCCAAAAUGAAAGUAGCAAGCUUGCGGCCGAGGCUGUCUCCAACCUCAGAACCGUCACGGCCUUCUCCUCCCAAGCCCGAAUCCUCCAAAUGCUGGAAAAUGCACAAGAAGGCCCACAACGAGAGAGUAUCCGACAAUCAUGGUUCGCUGGUAUUGGGCUUGGUACCUCCCAAAGCCUCAUGUCAUGCACUUGGGCCUUGGACUUCUGGUAUGGUGGCAAACUCAUAUCUCAAGGCUACAUUACUGCCAAAGCCCUCUUUGAGACCUUCAUGAUCUUAGUGAGCACGGGCCGGGUCAUUGCAGAUGCGGGUACCAUGACUAACGACCUUGCAAAAGGGUCGGAUGCGGUCGGAUCAGUUUUUGCAGUACUGGACCGGUACACUGGAAUUGAGCCCGAUGACCCAGAAGGUCACCAACCUAACAAAAUAACAGGCCAUGUGGAGCUACGUGAGGUCGAAUUCGCGUACCCGGCGAGGCCUGAUGUGAUGAUCUUCAACGGCUUUUCAAUCAACAUUGAAUCAGGGAAAUCAACGGCGUUGGUAGGACAAAGUGGGUCCGGCAAGUCCACCAUCAUUGGAUUGAUUGAGCGAUUCUACGACCCACUUGGCGGGGUAGUCAAAAUCGACGGUCGUGACAUAAGGACAUUCCAUCUGAGAUCAUUAAGGAAACAUAUAGCGCUUGUUAGCCAAGAACCAACUCUAUUCGCUGGGACCAUCCGCGAAAACAUCACAUACGGAGCGUCCGAUAAGACAGAUGAAACAGAGAUCAUCGAGGCCGCUAAGGCAGCCAACGCUCACGAUUUCAUCGCGGGACUGAAAGACGGGUACGACACAUGGUGCGGGGACAGAGGAUUGCAGCUCUCAGGGGGUCAGAAGCAGCGAGUUGCUAUAGCUCGUGCUAUACUGAAAAACCCAGCAAUUCUAUUGCUAGACGAGGCGACCAGUGCAUUGGAUAGCCAAUCGGAGAAAGUGGUACAGGACGCACUUGAGAGAGUAAUGGUGGGAAGGACUAGUGUGGUGGUGGCGCACAGGUUAAGUACCAUACAGAAUUGUGAUACGAUCGCCGUGUUGGACAAAGGGACGGUUGUGGAGAGAGGGACCCACUCUUCUUUGUUAGGGAAGGGGCCCAAUGGAGCAUACUACUCACUUGUUAGCCUUCAGAGAAGGCCCCAUACAGUUUGAGUCAUCAAUCAACUAAUAAUAAUAAUGGGUGGGGAUGAUGAUGAUGAUGAUGAUGAUGGCUGCAAAUUAGGCCUUUUUU